AUGACAAAUACUUCUUCCAAUUCUGCCUCCUCUCGGAGAGUCAUUCCCCUGAAUAGUGCAGCUGCAGCACACUUAGCAAUAAUGUCGAGUUCUUCUUCCUCACCUUAUCCCCCACCGCCAACGAACUUGUCUAAUCCCCCUCCUGCUUCACAAUACUCAGCCCAGUUGGCAGCCCAAUUUGGUUCAUCAUUCUCGCGUUAUCCCAUCAGUGUGGUUUCGACGAUAUACCCUUCGACACGAACUACAUAUUACAGCCACCCUCUCGCAUUAUCUUCUACUUCACCAUUGAAUAUGUCCACAUCAAAUACACAUUCAAAGUCGACAUCUCCGAAACCCAAACUUCCAGACUAUCUAGCUGAUACAAGUUUUGCGGAGAUGUUUUAUAAAGCACACGAUGAUAAUGCUGGAGAUAGAGAUCCGCUCGAGAGUGUGGCUUUGCCGACAGAAUGGAACGUCGAAGAUAGAUGUGAACUCUUGAACGUGGAUUCCGAAAAACUUAAAGUAAAUUACAUAGAAAGAAAGAGUGUUAUUUUAUGGACUUCGAGUCACUUGAUUUCCAGCAUCAAAUGGCUGUCUCUCGAUAUUCUCAAAAAAAUUAUCUUGAAUAAUAAAGGUUCUGGGAAAAGUGAUGUAGAUGCAGCCGCGAUCCGCGCCAAUCAUCCAAUACCUUCACAAUGUGGAUUAUUUUAUUUUGAAGUUCACGUCAUAAGUAAAGGAAAAGACGGAUAUAUUGGAAUUGGUUUCUGCACGAAAUCGGUAAAGUUAGAUAGAUUGCCCGGCUGGGAAAAUGAUUCAUGGGGUUAUCACGGAGAUGACGGACAUUCAUUUUGUUGUUCGGGAACCGGUAAACCAUACGGACCGGUAUUCACGACAGGAGAUUAUAUAGGUUGCUGCUUGAAUUUCAGGGAUGGCACUGCAUUUUACACCAAGAAUGGCAAGCACCUAGGUAUUGCAUUCAGAGAUUUGAAAGGGGUUUUUUAUCCCUCCAUUGGACUAAGAACGCAAGGCGAGUCUAUCGAAGUUAAUUUUGGGCAAAAGAAAUUUAAAUUUGCAAUCGAGCAUUAUAUGAAGGAAGAAAAGGCGAGGUUAUGGCACGAAAUUAAUGGCACGCUAAUGCCCCCAAUAUCAUCCCCUCUGACCACUACACCUAUUUCACAAGCUGCAUCAGAUGCAAAUCUCACUGCGACUGUUCAUCGUCUAGUUUUGUCUUAUCUAGUCCACCAUGGUUAUAGCGAAACUGCAAAGGCAUUUUCAAGAGAUUCUGUACAGAUCUCUCAAACAGAUAACAGUGAAAUGGAGGGGGUCGAAAGUGAGAAUCCAUCAUUGGAUACAGACAAAGAUAUGAAGAAUCGACAAAGAAUUCGAGAUGCAGUACUCGAGGGGGACAUUGAUCAUGCUAUCAAAUUGACAGAUACCUUUUAUCCAUCUGUUUUGCCUGCCAAUGAUUAUAUUCUCUUCCAACUUCGAUGUCGUAAAUUAAUAGAGAUGUUAGGUGCAUGUGCUGGAACUGAGAUAACAUUAUCAGAUCCUGAGGACGAUGCGGUAAAAGUUGAGAAGGGUCAAACCAUGAUAGAUGAUGAUAAUGCCAUGGAUGUGGAUCCGAGCGACAAUGAUUCUAUUGACGAUAUAGAUGUUCCGCUAACGUCUGUCAAAGAGAAAAAAGCAACCAAGCGACGGAAGGAGGUCUUUGAUGAGUUAGAUGGACUAGAAGGAACGAUGGCGGAAGCAAUACGAUUUGGCUAUAAAUUGCGAGAUGACUAUGGUAAAGACGAACGCGAAGAAAUAAAAAAUGCAUUGGAGGAUGCGGCUUCAUUAUUGGCGUACACUGAUCCGCGCGUCAGUUGUGUAGCACACCUAUUAGAUCCUUCUGGACGCGAACCUGUCGCGAACGCAUUAAAUAGUGCAAUUCUGGUGUCGCAAGGAAAACCUGCGAUACCUCCAUUGGAGAAAGCAUAUUGUCAGGCAUCAGUAGUAAUUCGUGAAUUAUCAAGAAAUAGUUUAAUCAGACCGCUACAAGUUCAUGAAUUGCAAUUAGGCCCUAUCUUUGUGCAGGCACUCGAUCCUUUAUAA